AUGGGCAUGACAUUUCGACGAUACCUCAACGGCGGCGGGCGUAUUUACGGCUGCUCGAAUUGCAAAACGCACCUGGCGUCGCUGAGCAACAUGAUGUCGAGGGCGUUCAACGGGCAGCACGGUCGAGCCUAUCUCUUCGAAUCAGUUGUGAACGUCACCGAAGGCGAGGAAUGUAGUCGCGCGAUGACGACAGGCCAACACACCGUCCGCGAUAUCUACUGCGUCAAAUGCGGGGUUACUCUGGGUUGGAAAUACGCGAAGAAGACGGAACGAUCAAGAGGAGGAGGGUACCGCGAGAAACGCACACCACACCUCUUCCUCGACGGCGUUUUCAUUGUCGCUGACUCGAGAGGACUAGUUGGUGACACCAGCGUGGAGGGACUCGGCUGCGCUAUCAUCACGUCACCUGCAUCCGCAACCUCGACAUUUUGCAUUCUUUGGACCAUCGGAACUCCCCCCUUUUGA